AUGGCCGACGAACUCUCCCACUCGAGAGUCGAGCUCUACGAGUCUGGUGUGACUGUGCCCUCGGACUCGGAAAUCUACUCUACGAAUCAUGAAGUCUCGUCUCCGCCUUCGACAUCUAGCUCGCCUCUGAUCCUGUACAGCCCUCCCUCAAUCUGGGGCAUUCUUCGGGGAGCGGCCAUCAACCUGGUUCUCCCCUUUGUCAACGGCUUGAUGCUGGGAUUUGGUGAACUGUUUGCGCAUGAAGCAGCUUUCCGGCUAGGCUGGACCAACACAAAGAUCUUCCCUACACAUCGACGGUCGAGACCAAUGGGUCCAGGCGUGGAGGUUCGCGAACUUCCGUCGCGGCGUGAGACCCGAACGGGAAGUCUGCGCGACACCACGUCUUUGGAGUGA